ACAGCAUUUCUUAGGAUAACCACCAGGAUGAAUAACUUCAGCUACAACAGUCCCAUCUUGGUGAUUGAGGGCAUCGACGUUCCCCAUCGUUUAAUUUACCCAUUGUUUGCCUUGCUCUUGAUCAUCUACCUGAUCAUCCUGACCACCAACAUAGGGGUCAUGCUGCUUAUUAUGAUGAACAGGAGCCUGCAGCAGCCAAUGUACCUGCUGUUCUUCAGCCUGUCCUUCAACGACGUCCUGGGCAACACGGUGCUUCUGCCGCGGCUGAUGUUGGACCUGGUCUCCACCGACAGGUCCAUCAGCUACCCCGCAUGUGUCUCCCAGGCCUUCUUCAGCCACACCUAUGGCACGUCCUGCCACACGGUGAUGAUGAUCAUGGCUUUCGACAGGUACGUGGCCAUAUGCCACCCUCUGAGGUACACCUCCAUCAUGAGCCCCGCCAUGGUGGCUAAGCUGACUAUGUCUGCCUGGAGUUCGUCGAUGGUGCUGACGUCUGUCCCACUGGGCCUCGCCGUACGGCUAACGCGUUGCCGUUCUGUCAUUCUCAAUGCCUUCUGCGACAACGCGUCCCUGUUCAAGCUCUCCUGCGAGGACGUGAGCAUCAACAACAUCUGCGGUCUGAUCCUCUCCAUCGGUGUUUUCGUCCUGUCCAUGGGCAGUGUGGCCUUCACGUAUUUUAGGAUCCUGGUCAGCUGUGUCUCCAGAAAGAACAAGGAGCUGAACAGGAAGGCCCUGCAGACCUGCGCUACACACCUGGUCCUCUACAUGAUCAUGCUCUGGUCCGGCUUCCUCGUCAUCAUUUCGCAUCGUCUUCAAGCCCACGUGAGAUACCGGAUAAUGGCGGCUAUUCUUUUUCUUAUCGUUCCCGCCAACAUGAACCCCAUCAUAUAUGCCAUGCAGACCAAGGAACUUAAGACAAGGAUUGUGCAGAUACUUCAUUCAAAAGUAACCCAGCUUCCGUAAUUCGAAAAUUAGCCUCUGAGCUAACUGCAGUAUAAUGAUCGCAUUUAUAGACACGUUUAAUUGAAAUUUUACACUCACACACAGACACA